GGCGGAGAGGGGGAGGAGGAGGAGGAGGCUGGACGGCCAAGAUGGCGGCGCCCUGUAGGCUGGAAGAGCUGUGAGAGAUUGAUGUUUGCUCCUUCCCUGUGUCUUCCAAGGAUGGGGUCAUGGUGUGAUCAUGAAAGUCUCCAGGUUGACAACACUGGAAACUGAAGGCCCAAUUAUCUACAGAACAGUUUGGUAGUGACAUCAAUGAAGGACCUGGGAGGGUCUUAAUGUGCAUAGUGAAACUAGCAUGAACACAAGAAUCUACAAUGACACAGCAAGCAAAUAUUGGCGAUCUGCUCUGCAUGCUGGAUUCUCCAGUUCUCAGUGUCCAAGAUGACAUAACAACUGUCUUUAAGGGUAACCUCAAUUCUGACCGUGGACCUAUGCUUGUAAACACAUUGGUGGAUUACUACCUAGAAACCAAUUCUCAACAAGCACUGCACAUCCUGACCACAUUGCAAGAGCCUCAUGAUAAGCAUCUUUUGGACAAAGUUAAUGAACAUAUGGGCAAAACUGCUACCCGCCUACCCAUGCUCUCACUGUUGGGGCAUGUGAUUAGACUUCAGCCAUCUUGGAAGCAUAAACUAUCUCAAGCACCUCUCUUGCCUUCGUUGCUUAAAUUUCUCAAGACCGAUACAGAUGUCAUAGUUCUCACAACAGGAGUAUUAGUGUUAAUAACCAUGCUGCCAAUGAUUCCACAGUCGGGCAAACAGUACCUUCAUGAUUUCUUUGACAUUUUUGGCCGUCUUUCAUCGUGGUGCCUAAAGAAUCCAGGUCAUGUAACAGAAAUCUAUCUCGUCCAUCUCCACGCCAGUGUUUAUGCUCUCUUUCACCGCCUUUAUGGGAUGUACCCCUGCAACUUUGUCUCGUUUCUACGCUCUCAUUACAGUAUGAAGGAAAACUUGGAGACCUUUGAAGAAGUGGUAAAGCCAAUGAUGGAACAUGUGCGAAUUCAUCCAGAAUUAGUGACUGGAUCCAAGGACCAUGAACUGGACCCGCGCAGGUGGAAGAGAUUAGAAACCCAUGACGUUGUGAUAGAAUGUGCCAAAAUCUCCCUGGAUCCUACAGAAGCCUCAUACGAAGAUGGCUAUUCCUCUGUUUCUCAGCAAGUCUCAGUGCGCUUUGCCCCUCGUCAGGUUGAUGCUACCACCAGCCCUUUUGCUGACCCACUGAAUAGCUUUGGGAGUGCUACUUCUACCCCUUAUUCCACUCAGAUGAUGUCACUAAACAUGCCAGGGCAGCUACCUCAGGUUCUGAGUUCCCCAUUGACAUGGCUGUCAACUGAGCCACCACAGGCUACCAUGUGGAGCCCCUCUGCAGUUUGUGGUAUGACCACUCCACCAACCUCCCCUGGAAAUCUCCCAUCUGAAUUGUCGCAUCCUUUUAGCAAGGUCUUUGGUACAUCUGCAGGUGGGAAAGGAACUCCUCUGGGAACACCAGCAACCUCCCCUCCUCCACUCUGCAUUUCAGAUGACUAUGCGCCCGUUUCACUCCCUCAAGCUACAGCCACACCCCCCAAGAAGGAGGAUAGACCAGAUUCUGGGAGGCCAUUACUACACAGGCAGCCAAAUCUCUCUCAUGAGAAAUUGGAAGAAGCAUCUGGCAGUAAAGGUUCUGUAACUUUAAGUGAUCUUCCAGGGUUUUUAGGUCAUCUGGAAUCUGAAGAAGAUAGCAUUGAGAAAGAUAGAGAAGAAGGAAAAAAAGAAGGGCGUUUUAUUCCAGGUUACACUGAGCAGGCUGGUCCUGUACCAGCUGCAAUAUCGAAAGAGCUCUCCGAGAUCACUACCGCAGACACUGAGCCCGUGGUACCUCGAGGAGGAUUUGACUCUCCUUUCUACCGCGACAGCCUUUCAGGUUCUCAGAGGAAGUCCCAUUCGGCCCCCUCUAGUGCUCAAGGACCCAACGUGAGCACCGAAUCCCUAACCUCUUCCUUGGACAAGCUUGGACCCGACACCCCUAAGCAAGCAUUUACCCCCAUAGACAGACCCUGCGGCGGUGUCGACGACAGCCCUGCUGGUAACAGGGAAAGCCAGGCUGCCGUGGAGACCAGUAUCCUCACUCCCAGCCCUUGUAAAAUCCCCUCUCAGAGAAGAGUAGGCUUUGAGAGUAGGCACCUCCCCCAGUAUGAUUACCUUUUUGAGAUGGCCCUGCCAAAGACUGCCUACCAGUUUGUCAGCAAGAAGACCGAAGAGCUAUUAAAGAAGGCGAAGAGCAGCCCGGAAGAAGAUCGCGUGCCCUCCACCUCCCCGGUGGAAGUGCUGGAUAGGCUGAUACAACAAGGAGCGGAUGCACAUACCAAGGAGCUUAACAAGUUGUCUUUACCAAGUAAAUCUGUUGACUGGACCCAUUUUGGAGGUUCUCCCCCCUCAGAUGAGAUUCACACCCUACGGAACCAGCUGCUCUUGCUGCACAACCAGCUACUGUAUGAACGUUUCAAGAGGCAACAGCACGCUCUGCGGAAUAGGCGGCUUCUGCGGAAAGUGAUCAAAGCCACGGCCCUGGAGGAGCACAAUGCUGCUAUGAAAGACCAGCUGAAACUGCAGGAGAAGGAUAUCCAGGUGUGGAAGGCCAGUCUGCAGAAAGAACAAGUCAGGUACAAUCAGCUUCAGGAAGAACGUGAUACUGUUGUGACCCAGCUCCACAGCCAGAUCCGCCAGCUACAACAGGACCGGGAGGAAUUCUACAACCAGAGCCAGGAAUUGAAGACCAAGCUGGAGGACUGCCGGAGCAUGAUUGCGGAGCUCAGGUUAGAACUGAAGAAAGCCAAUAAUAAGGUCUGUCACACGGAACUGCAGCUCAGCCAGGUCUCUCAGAAGCUCUCAAAUAGUGAGUCAGUCCAGCAACAGAUGGAGUUCUUGAAUAGGCAGCUGCUAGUUCUUGGGGAGGUCAACGAGCUGUACUUGGAGCAACUGCAGAAUAAGCACGCAGACACCACAAAGGAAGUGGAAAUGAUGAAGGCUUCUUAUCGAAAAGAACUGGAGAAAAGCAGAAACUAUGUUCUCCAGCACAGCCAGCGGCUUGAUACUUACCAGAAACGGGUGGUGGAACUGGAAUCUCAACUGGCCAAGAAAGAUCAUCUUCUUUUGGAACAGAAGAAAUAUUUAGAGGACGUCAAACUCCAGGCAAGAGGCCAGCUGCAGGCAGCCGAGAGCAGGUACGAAGCCCAGAAGAGAAUUACCCAAGCGUUUGAAGUGGAGAUUUUAGACUUGUAUGGCCAACUGGAGAAGGAUGGUCUGCUGAAGAAAAUCGAAGAGGAGAAAACGGAAGCAGCUGAAGCGGCAGAAGAAAGGCUCGAUUGCUGUUGCAAGGACGGCUGCCCCGAUCCCGCGGCGGGAUUCAGCGACGAGGCAGCGGGCCGAAACGGCGAGCCCAAGUUCCCCAGGCCCGUUAACACCCGGGGCGGCGGGGGCAGCCGAGGAGGAGCCAGCGGGGGGGGCAGCAGCAGCAGCAGCAGCGAGCUCUCCAGCCCCGAGAAGACCCCGGGCCAGAGGGUGGGCUUGUUCGUCGGCCGCAGGGAGACCACCCCCUUCGAGCCCUCCACCAGCAUCCCAGUGACUGUCGGCUCGCUCCCCAGCUCCAAGAGCUUCCUGGGCAUGAAGGCUCGCGAGCUGUUCCGUAACAAGAGCGAGAGCCAGUGCGACGAGGACGGCGGAACCGUGCCCGGCCUUUCUGAUGCACUAAAGACCGAACCGGGCGGAGACCCGAGCGUGGAAGCUAAGGUGACCCCAGGCCCGGACCACCCUCAUCCCUCUCCCAAGAACCAGGAAAGUGUUGGACAGCUGCAUAUCAUGGACUACAAUGAGACGCAUCAUGAACACAGUUAAAAGGGACGAGAGUCAAUCAGUGUUAAACUUUCAGAUUUUUGGCAUAGAGCAGGAGGCGUGACUACCGAGUUUAACUAAAAGCUUUCAUAUUUCCAGGGUCUGAGUGGCUAACCCAUACAGUGGAAAUGGAACUGAGGUUCUUCUGUCGAGUGAGUGAAAGCAGAACGGUUUUUGGAGCUGGCAGUGCGAUGCCCAUUUUUACCCUCUCCUCAAAAUCCAUCCUUUUUCCAGACUAGCGGCGUGUACUAAUCCGUGAGACAGUUUUGC